AUGGGGUUCCUGCCCAGGCCCGGUGCGCGACAGGGCGGCGGCGCCUCCUCGGGCUCAGCCGGCCGCUGUCCGCGCUCCAUCUUCAACAACAUUAAGGUGUUCGUGCUCUGCCAUGGCCUCCUGCAGCUCUCCCAGCUCCUGUACAGCGCCUACUUCAAGAGCAGCCUCACCACCAUCGAGAAGCGCUUUGGCCUCUCCAGUUCCUCCUCAGGUCUCAUUUCCAGCUUGAAUGAGAUCAGCAACGCCAUCCUCAUCAUCUUCGUCAGCUACUUUGGCAGCCGUGUGCACCGUCCGCGGCUGAUUGGCAUUGGGGGUCUCCUCCUCGCUUCAGGUGCCUUCGUCCUCACCCUCCCACACUUCCUCUCAGAGCCCUACCAGUACACCGUGGCCAACGUCGGGAAUAGCAGCCUCUUCCAAGCCGAGCUCUGUCAGAAGCAUUGGCAGGACCUGCCCCCCAGCAAGUGCCAUAGCACCACCCAGGACACCCGGAAGGAGACCAGCAGCUUGUGGGGUCUCAUGGUGGUCGCCCAGCUGCUGGCCGGCAUUGGGACAGUGCCCAUUCAGCCGUUUGGGAUCUCCUACGUGGAUGACUUCGCAGAGCCCAACAACUCGCCCCUGUACAUCUCCAUCUUAUUUGCCAUCUCCGUAUUUGGACCGGCUUUUGGGUACCUGCUGGGCUCUGUCAUGCUACAGAUCUUCGUGGACUACGGCAGAGUGGAUAUGGCCUUAGUUAACUUGAGCCCUGAAGACCCCCGAUGGAUUGGAGCCUGGUGGCUGGGCCUGCUCAUUUCCUCGGCCAUCUUGGUUUUCACCUCCCUCCCCUUUUUCUUCUUUCCUCGCGCAAUGCCCAGAGGAGGAGAGGUAAGGUCUGCCAUAGCGGACGAGGAGAGGAAGAUGAAGGUCAAACCAAGAAGCUCCCUGGUGGAUUUCAUUAAACGGUUUCCCCGCAUCUUCCUGAAGCUCCUAAUGAACCCGCUCUUCAUGCUGGUGGUGCUGGCUCAGUGCACCUUCUCCUCCGUCAUCGCCGGCCUCUCCACAUUCCUCAACAAGUUCCUGGAGAAGCAAUAUGGGGCCUCCAUGGCCUAUGCCAACUUCCUCAUCGGUGCUGUGAACCUCCCCGCCGCAGCCUUGGGGAUGCUGUUUGGAGGACUCCUCAUGAAGCGUUUUGUUUUCUCUCUGCAAACCAUUCCCCGCGUGGCCGCCACCAUCAUGACCAUAUCCAUUAUCCUAUGUGCUCCUCUCUUCUUCAUGGGAUGCUCCACCCCGGUCGUGGCGGAGGUCUACCCUCCUAGCACAUCAAGUUCUAUACAUCCGCAGCCUCCCCCCUGCCCCAGGGACUGCUCGUGCCCGGAUACCAUCUUCCAUCCGGUCUGUGGAGACAAUGGGGUCGAGUACCUGUCCCCGUGCCAUGCAGGCUGCACUCACGUCAAUGUCAGCUCCGCAGCCUCCAAGCAACGGAUUUAUUUGAACUGCAGUUGUGUGACUGGGGUAUCUGCUUCAGCAAAGACAGGAUCGUGCCCCAGCCCCUGUGCCCACCUCCUGCUCCCAUCCAUCUUCCUCAUCUCCUUCGUGUCUCUCAUCGCCUGCAUCUCCCACAACCCCCUCUACAUGAUGGUUCUGCGUGUGGUGAACCAGGAAGAGAAGUCUUUUGCCAUUGGGGUACAGUUCUUGCUAAUGCGUCUACUGGCCUGGCUGCCAGCUCCAGCCCUCUAUGGCCUCACCAUUGACUACUCCUGUAUCCGGUGGAACUCGCAGUGCUCGGGGCGGCAAGGGGCCUGUGCCUACUACAACAACGACACUCUCCGCGACAGGUACCUGGGACUGCAGGUGGGCUACAAGGUGCUGGGCACUCUGCUGCUCUUCUUCAUCAGCUGGCGGGUGAAGAAGAACAAGGAGUACAACUUGCAGGAGAAGGCUGCAGGUCUCAUCUGACCCUCCCCGUGGCCUGGCGCCUCCUGGCCCCCUAGGGUGGACCUGCCCUUCCACACCUGCCUGUAUUUCCCAUAUUAAUAUGUCAUUUCCUUUUUGUUUUUUAAAUAAGAAAACAACCCCAGUC